CUCGGACCUUCAUCGAGCCCUCUGUCACUUCGCAAGUCGGGAUUGUUUUCUUGAUUCUCAACAAUGGCUGCUCCAAUGAUGUUGGCACGGCAGGCACUCCGGCUCUCGAGUCGCGUAAGAUACUUUAGCUCCACGGCUGCGCGACCAGCCGCCGAGGUCAAGCGAUUGGGUGUCGUUGGCGCUGGGCAAAUGGGUCUCGGCAUUGCAUUGGUGGCCGCUCAGAAGGCCCAGGUGCCGGUAACGCUGGUCGACUCGUCACAAGCUUCCCUGGACAAGGGACUAGCCUUUGCAGAGAAGCUCCUCGCCAAGGACGUCUCCAAGCAGCGCAUCACCCAGGAACAGGCCGACGCCACCCGCGCCCUGCUCCAGCCCACCACCUCCAUCGACGACCUCUCGCCCGUAGACUUCGUCAUCGAGGCCGUGCCCGAGAUCCCCGAGCUCAAGUUUGACAUCUUCGCCAAGCUCGCCGAGAUCUGCCCCAAGCACGCCAUCCUGGCCACCAACACCUCGUCCAUCCCCAUCACCCGCAUCGCCGCCGCCACCGCCCGCGGCAACCCGAACGACACCUCCAACAGCUCACGCGUCGUAUCCACCCACUUCAUGAACCCGGUCCCCGUCCAGAAGGGCGUCGAGAUCAUCUCGGGCCUCCAGACCUCGCCCGAGACGCUCGACACGGCCAUCGAGUUCUGCAAGCGCAUGGGCAAGAUCCCCUCCGUCUCGGCCGACUCCCCGGGCUUCCUGGCCAACCGCAUCCUGAUGCCCUACAUCAACGAGGCCAUCAUCUGCCUCGAGACGGGCGUCGGUGACCGUGACUCCAUCGACGCCAUCAUGAAGAACGGCACCAACGUGCCCAUGGGGCCCCUGCAGCUCGCCGACUUCAUCGGCCUCGACACCUGCCUGGCCAUCAUGAAGGUUCUUCACACCGAAACGGGCGACUCCAAGUACCGCCCCAGCGUGCUUCUGCGGAACAUGGUCGACGCCGGCUGGCUGGGCAAGAAGAGCGGCAGGGGCUUCUACGAGUAUUAGAGGGCUCGAUCCGCUCCUUGUCUUCCGAUACGACCACACAUGCACGCACGCACGCACGCAAGCACGCGCGCUAGCGAGCAACAACGACGGCGGGACGGAAGAAGCAAUGUGACCUCAAACCUCUCAGAAGGACAGGCAGGUCCUUGGGCUUCUCACGAACCUGGGUGGAGG